AUGGCGAUGUCGUGUUCGGAGGUGCGCCCGCGCCCCGCCGCCUCCUUCUCCGGCGACCUGCCCGAGGACUCGCUGUACGAGGUCCUCCUCUGCCUCCCGGCCAAGGAGCUCUGCCGCCUCCGCGUCGUCUGCCCCGCCUGGCGUGCCCUCACCUCCGACCCGCUCUUCGUCGCGGCGCACAAGUCCCGCCACCACACGGCGCCCCCACUCCUCGCCAUGGCCUACCGCGAGUACAGUGGGGUCAACGGCGUUGAGAUUUCGGAUUUGUCCGGCAAUGUGGUGAAGCGGAUACCGAGCGCCGGGUAUGAAAUUGUUCUGGUGGACGAGUUGUCAGGGGUUGCCAGUGGGCGGAUGUCAAGCAAGGACGAUACCAUCCGUGUUGCGCGCACGCGGCUUGACCUUGUUUGUUUCAACUGGAGCUUCUGCUCUGGGGACUUCUGGGUGCUGAACCCGGCCACCGGAGAUACCAUCACCUUGCCGAGGGGCUUCUCGGAGGAAUUGGCACAUGAGCUAGAAGCAAAGGGGAUAAAGGAAUGGUGCUGCGGAGUCAAGUCCUAUGCUUUUGGGCAGGUCUCCUCUACCAGAGAGUACAAGGCGCUCCGCGUCUCUGAAAUUGGUGACCGAAAGGUAUGUGAGGUUAUCACCUUUGAUGCCACCAAACAUGGAAGCUGGAGGAGAAAGCAGGACCCUCCGCCAUCCCUUAUCUCUCCCUGUCACAAGAUAUUGAGGAGAUGUGUGGUCGUUGAUGGGGUGGUGUACUUCUUGAUGGACUUUUCCUCCACAUACUUUGAAACUGGGGUUAUGACCAUUGAGCCUGGUAGCGUAGCUUCGUUCAACCUCGAGACAGAAGAGUGGCGUGUUCUACGUGGCCCAGAACAGGUGCAGAGGUUUGUGCAAGAGAACGAGAAUUCCGAUUACUUGAUACUUGAACUCGAGUUAUCAUUGGCUGAGUUGAACGGCUGCUUAGUUAUGGUUCAUAGUAUUCAUAAAACAUCUAUGGACUUGUGGUUUUUGACAGAUUUUGAGAAAGAUACCUGGGUUAAGAAAUACAGCAUGCCUUCAUCACAUGUUGCUAGGUUUGGGUAUCCUUUUCUGAUGUUAGAUGAUGGGAGAAUUUUCUUUACUCGGUCGGAUUAUCUACAAUGUUUAGCUGGUGCUGAGGGAUUUCUGCAAGGUUAUAAUCCAAGAAAUGGCACUUAUGCUGAUGCUCUAAAACUGAGAGAUUCCGAAUCCAUUGGCAUUUACGUGGGAAGCCUGCUGAGUUUAUAG